AUGAAGGUUGAGGCAAGCGGAGGCACGGACGCAGAGGCCCUGGAGGCCGCAUGCUUGGUGGUCGAGGCGGUCACGCAGGCAUGCCCUGAGCCCGGCGGCUCCAUGGGAUGGCAGUGCCCCGCCGCGCAGGACGCGGCGCGGCGCAUUGUGCAUGAGAUUCGCCGCUUCCCAGAGGAGCCAGCCCUUCAGGCGGCCGCGGCGCGUGCGAUUCGCGCCCUCGGCGGCGGCGCGGCUGGCGGCCACUUGCCCAGGCAAGCACAGGACGCUCUGGGUGAGGCCGGCGCAGUGGAGGCCCUGGCCGCACGAGUCUCGCUGCUCUCGUCGGCGGUUCCCGGUGCAUGGGCGGCCCCGGCGAAUGCCUCAGCAUCGGCGCCGGCGGGGCAGCAGCAGCAGCAGCAGAACGGUGCGGCGCCUGUCUCCGACGCGAUUGACACGCUGCGGUCGCUCUGUGCCGGCCACGAGGGCAACACCCGGCGCCUGGCUGCUGCGGGCGGCGCGGAUGCUGCACAGGCUGCGCUCUUCGGCCCGGGCGCCCAUGACGCUGCGUGCUUCGAAGCAGCAGCAGACCUUCUCGCUGACCUGGCGGCGGCUGCGGCACCGGACGAUGGGGUUGAAGCGGAAGACGGGCGGGCGCUGCGCGCGUGCGCGGCUCUGGUGGGCGUGCUCGAGCGACGAGAGAGCCUGUGCGAUGCGCGGCGGCGCGCGCUGCUGGGGGCGCUGUGGCGCGUGUGCCGCGCGCUGGCCCCAGGCGAGGUGCGCGAGGGUGCCCUAUGGCGCGGCGUGCUGCCGGCGGCGGCUGAGGCCCUGGCUGUGCUGGGACCCGAGGAUGAUGACGAGGCGUCCCUUUCAUGCCUCCUCCUUGUCGGCUCCCUGGCGGAGCGCCCUGACGGCUCUCAGCAGCAGCGGCAGCAGCACGAGGAAGAGGAAGCGGGGGACGACGGGCCUGCCCUGCGCGCCGUCGCGGCCGCCGCCGCCGCUGCAGCUGCCGGCGCGCGCGAUGCGCGACGCGCUGCCGUAGCGCUGCGCGCGCUCUACUGCUGCUCGGUGGGCGGCGGCCUGCACGCGCUUAAGCGCCUGUUGGCCCAGCCCGUUGAGUGGGUGCUGGAGCAGGCACAGCGCUGGGGCGGCGGCAGCGGCGGCGCAGCCGCGAGCGGCGGCGGCGGCGGCGGCAACGACGGCGGCGACGAUGGCGGUGCCGCGGCGGGCGGGGGUGCGAGCGGCGCGGACGGUGGGGCUGCGGGGGCGUUUGAGGAUGCGACUGGGCUGCCUUUCUAUGUGUUGGCUCUGGUGGGCCUGCUGCUGUCGGGCCCAGAGGGCCACGGCGGCGACGGCGGCCGCCCCGCAGGCGUGCUGCCUUCCCACCUGCCAACGCUGCAGCAGGCCGCGCGCGCCGCCGCGCCGCUGCUCGCCGGGCCGCCGGGGCGCGGCCCCGGCGGUGCGCCCGUGCCGGCGGCGCACCGGCGCGCAGCGGCGAAGGGGCUGGCACUGGCGCUGGUGGCGGCGGGGGGCGAUGCGGUAAACGCUUUUGACCAAGACGGCCUAUCGCCGCUGCUGGCGACGCUUGCCUGA